AUGACCUCGAAUGGGCUCCCUCUCGAUGUGGUACUCCGGUGCCUUAAUCUUGAACACAAUCGGUAAGAAUUUAAGUUAAACUUCGAAAAUAAGAGUGCAUAAUUUCCAGACAAGUCGAAACAACUCAACAAACGAGAAGACCUGCUCCUGCGGCGCUCGUCAAAAUGAUUCUGGCCGAGUUCUAUACUCCUCGAGUGAGCACAUCUUUUAUUUUCUCGCAAUUUGAGGCUGUUUGCAGCAAAUCGCCGCGAUUGAAAUAGACAGAAAAGAGUACGGGAUGGACAACGAAAUUUUCUCCGUAUUUUCAAAAUUUCACGAGCAAUAUGGGAAGAAAAAUUCUAAACGUAUGCCUGAGAAAGCUCUUUUGAUGUCUAAUAACUUGGUUUUUCGUUUCAGUACUUCUUUUUAACAUCUUCAAGCUUGUUGACAUGUACAUAUCGAUUCCGGACCUUUACGGUUUGAUUGGAAAUUUUCAGGUAUUUUUUUUUUAAAUUUUUGAAUUUCGGGUGCUACUUCGAAAUAGACAAUGUCUCGGAAUAUAAGUGUUCCGAAAUAGGACAUUUCUCGUUGAGUUUUGUGUAUUCCGAUACACUUUUAUUCUGAGGCAUUGUCUAUUUCGAAGUAGCACCAAAUUUCGAAAAAUUCGUGCAUUCCUCAGGUGCCCGAACUCAACCAAAAACCCAAAGUUUUGUCAAAAUUGGAGAAAAUCCGGAAUGAAAUCUUCGAAGUGAUGCGAAUGCAAAGACCGAAGCUCGAGCCACACACACUUUGUAUUCUCGAGUACUUGCUGGAAGAGGUGUGCAAACGACACCGGUACACAGAAUUUGUACAAUUCCCCGUCGACGAAAACGGCAAACUGGAGACGGUUCUCGAUAAAUUCUUCUCGCUCAUUCCAAAAAAAGAUUUGGUGCCCGCUCCUUCCGACCACAUAAUUCACCUCGUCAUCGUUUCGAAGCAAAGCUGGCCGGAGCAGGGAUACGUCACUACCAAGGAGAUUUACAAGUACUUUCCGAGAUUGGAGUCGUUCUUCGAGUCGCCCAUUGGACAGAGGUUCCAAUUGAAGUUUACAGAACAUCUCGCGGUAGACAACUUGCUCAAUGCGAUCACUCCGUUUAUUUCUACUUUUCAGCAUCAGUUUCCGAACAUGCAAAAGAGCAUGCUGGAUCGAGUGAACGCCUAUACUAACGAAUAUUUCAUCUGGUUACAAUCAAUUAUAUUUUUUGAAGAGUCACUCGCUCACCUUGGCCGUUGGAUGUAUCAUCCCAGAAUGGUCAGUUGGAACAUUUAAUGUAACUGAAAUAUUAAUCUUUUAGACUCCAUUUCAACCAGAAAAGGGUACCAUCAAACUGUUCAUUCGCGUCAUCGUUCAAAAAGUGGACGGAGUGACCAAACGAUGCUUCAUCUUUCUGGACGAGUGCCGAUUCAUUUUCGAGCAGCUUGUCGGCAUGGGAGUCGAUUUGAACAGAGACUUCGAGAUGGAGUUUCUCUCGCGCGACGGACCGAACCCAGUAGUCCACAAGAUUGCCGAAAUCACAGACUGGGAAUACGCGAGACGGCCCUUUCAAAUGAUCAGUUCGAUAACGGAUCACUUGUUAAGAGGCGUGCAAGUGGAUAUGCACACGACUAAAAUGACGAACGGAUUCACACUUCCGACCGUUUCUGCGUACAACACGCACUGCAUCCCAUCGAUCGAAGCGUUCAGAAGAAUCGUGGACAUUCUGGUGCGAGAAGUGCAGGUCGGAAAGCGCAUACCGCUCUUGUUCCAACCGCUCAUGAAUCUUCUCAAAAAGAUGGAGCCCUAUUUCGGGGGAACGCACGUUUACAAGACAAUGAUCGAUCGGAGAGUGGCUCAUGAGUUGAUUCAAGAAGCCAGCGAUCUGAAAGACAAGUUCAAUGGUAAACUGGCAAAUCCGAAGGGAAAACUGGCAGCGGUCAACUCGGAGUCAACGGAAAACGACAGAAUGGACGCAUUCUUGUCAGUUUAUCGGAAGGUAAUAUGGAAAAAAUAUAUUCAUCAGAAAAUGACAUUUUGCUGUUGCAGUUCCGCCCAUUCGUCGUGCGCCAUCAGGAGCAGCCAGCUAGUCCGGUACAAAAGGACUGGACGCCACCGGGAGAGCCUACAAUCGAAGAUAUCAUCGCUUUUUUCGCUUCCGGAAAGGAAACCAAUAACUCGGCGAACUAA